GUAACCGAACAGAAUUCAUUCCUGACAUUGUUGUGCAAAACGCAAUGGAAACCACAAAUGAUGUGGCUAAACCAAAUGUUUGCGCAGCCUGCCUUAAUCACAUCCAUGACAAUGAAUAUAUUGAAGCACUGAAUAAAGAAUGGCACAGUGACUGCUUCAGGUGUUCUGUGUGUGACGAAACCCUCUCAGAUUGGUACUUUGAAAAGGGUGACAUUUUAUUUUGCCAGAUGCACUAUUGGGCAAAAUAUGGACAGUCCUGCCAGCAAUGUUCCCAGUUGAUAACUGGGGGCCCUGUCAUGGUAGCAGGAGACCACAAAUUUCACCCGGAGUGUUUUCAGUGUAGUUCGUGUCGCUGCUUUAUAGGAGAUGGGGACUCGUAUGCUCUUGUUGAACGAUCGAAACUUUAUUGUGGGUCCUGCUACAAGAGACAAAUGCAACCUCUAAGUCAAAAGGUAACAGGUGGACCCGGCGUCAUCAGGAAACCACACUCGAUCCAACUUUUGGCUCUGGGUCCGGUACCAGAAGGACAGCGUCAUCAUAUCAAAUUAGCCGUUCAAGAUGACGCAAUGAGCAAAAUCCCCACUUUAUCUGAUGUUUACCGAGGGUUGCGGAUAUCUGAGCUUGACACCAGUAGCGAUCUUAUGUCUCUUCACAUUGGCGACCGGUUGCUUGAAGUGAAUGGAAUGCCAGUUAAAAACCAGCCCUUAGAGAAAAUCGAAAGUUUACUUCGUUCGCCUGAAUCUACGUUGCAGUUGACAAUAGAACAUGAACCAGAAACAACAGUUUCACGGUCAAGACGACAGAGCGCUCCACCACUUAAUGUUUUACGGGGUUGCGCCGAUAUCUUGUCGCAAAAGCUUGCAGCAACUUUCCCACGUGACAAGAUAUCACGGGAUAAGGAAAGAGCUGAACGUAUGUUUAAAUUAGCCGCUGUUGGCCGCACACGGCAACGAUUGCGCAAUCCACGGGGUACCCGUGAACGAUCUUCCUCCAUGCCUAGGCUGUUGGACAGUUCUUCAUUAGAUCCAGAUGUGUCGGUGAAUGUGAACCAUUUCAACUAUAACCGGCUCAAAAGUCCAGGCGAUCGUGACUAUCGAGAUGAAGAAUGCGAAUUAUCACGGACUCAAUCGUUUCGCGUUAACCCUCACAGCCGAAAGAAUAUUCACACACAGAAAAUAUUCCGGGCAUCAGACCUUGUCCUAGGUGAACUCAUCGGUUCGGGUUUCUUUGGACGCGUAUUCAGAGUGACACACCGAGAAACGAAUCAAGUCUAUGUCUUAAAAGAACUCUACCGAGUUGAUGAAGAAGCUCAAAAUAAUUUUCUCAAAGAGGUGGCGGUGAUGCGGACGCUUAGUCAUAAUAAUGUCCUACGUUUCAUUGGCAUCCUGUAUAAAGAUAAACGUCUUAAUCUAGUGACGGAAUUUAUCGCUGGUGGAACACUAAAAGGAUUAUUACACGAUUCAAACGAGCCACUGCCAUGGGAACAACGAGUCUCGUUCGCAAAAGACAUAGCAGCUGGAAUGGCUUACCUCCAUUCUAAAAGCAUCAUCCAUCGUGAUCUUAAUUCCAAUAAUUGCCUAGUGAGAGAAGAUCGUUCAGUGGUGGUUGCAGAUUUUGGGUUGGCCAGAAUCAUGCGAGCCGAUAGCCCGUCACGGACCAUUGCACCCAACGGGCGUGGAUUGAUGGGAUGUCGUAAUAGCACAACCCCUUCACCAUCUACACGAAGACCAAAGAAAUAUGAACGAAAGAAAAGAUACACCGUAGUAGGAAAUCCUUAUUGGAUGGCUCCGGAAAUGUUGACGGGCAAAAAGUACGAUGAAAAAGUGGACAUCUUUAGUUUUGGCAUUGUUCUUUGCGAGAUUAUUGGACGAGUUGAAGCAGAUCCGGAUUACUUGCCGCGAUCGGGCGACUUUGGUCUCAACCAGACUGCGUUUCGUGAAAAGUUUUGUCACAAUUGCCCGGAACCAUUUUAUCGAAUUGCAUUCCUCUGUUGCGAUCUCAAUCCAGACAAGCGGCCUCCCUGCGAAGUCAUUGAGGACUGGCUUGAAAGUCUAGCACUCCAUUUAGCCGAAGGUGCGGCCAUUCCACAGGAUCUUCGUGUUGACAUUUACACAUACGCUGGUCGAAGUUCCAGUUCGUCUGAAUCGACGACACCGACGGAAGGUGUCUCGCCUGAAAUCCGUUCCACUCCCAUGACACCUAUUUCGCCAUUGCGCACAAUCUGCGAAGCGACGCACGAUCUGACGUUGGAAAGUCCUCCUGCUUCGCCUAGCUAUUGCACUGUCGACGUUGCUCAUCUCUGAUUUGAACAUAACAAUAAUGUAAGUAAAAGCAUUUAGCUAAAUUAAUACCUUAAGCAUUACCUGCCGAAGGUUGGCAUCCGGUGCAUGAAACUCGAUGCCAAUCGUCCUGUCGACGCGUCCAGCUCCAGUAUUUCCUUUCCGCAAUCAUUUGACAGGGUUUCCUGGAGCCAUUUUAAUUCUUCUCAGGAUAAUCCUAUUUUUCUUUCAAAUCUUUUUGCUUUUUGUUUCUAAGAAAACAUCUGUGUUUUAUUAUUAUUCUACCUGAUUUACAAAGUCGCCCAAUCCAUCAUAUCCUUUCGCUUCAGCGUCAUGAGGAAGGGCAAGAAUUUUCUAAUAUUCUUCAUCCCUUUUGUAAACGGAAUGUCAUAAUGGAUUUGAUCGAUUUUCAUAAACAUGGUUUAUUCAUUCUCUCAAGUAUGUGUAUAUUCCGGCCGACAUGUUAUCGAUUGACAAAAAGGUUUCCUUAACUUUGUUAUCAGAUAUUAUAAAUAUAUUUGUAAUGUAUAAAAGUUGUGUAAUGGUGCCACGCACUAACAGAAUCUAAAAUUAUAAUACGGAGAUUCCUUUCA